CUUCAACGUUCUUCGCAUGAUGCACUUAUCUUCUUGGUGGGGUCCUGUCUAGGAAAAACCUCAUCAGAAAUGCACGCUGUUAUCUAAUCGAAACAAUGCAGGAGGUGACCACUUCAUCUCCCUUCCGGAGAAGGCCGCCACCAAGGCUCAGGACAAAGACGGGAUGCUUCAAAUGUCGAGAGAGGAGAAAGAAAUGUGACGAAUCAAGACCAAUUUGUUCUGCCUGUUCUCGCAAUGGAUUCGCCUGUAUUUGGCCCAGCACAAAAUCCCCAUCGUCACAACCAAACCAUAAAAUCCCAGACACCAGAGCAGAUCCCUCUCCAGACCCUUCAUCUCCAACCCCCUCCUCCCUCGAAUGCAUCUGGGACGACUGGGGCGUGAAUACCCUUCAAGCCCCAAAAGCCCGCACCCUCUUCGACUACUUCCGUUCCGCGCUCCAACCUCUAAUGUUCCGCUCACACGUCCACCCCAUAUACCUCACCAGCGACUGGUUCGUUCAUGGAGCUCUCCAGCAUUCGAGUCUUAUGCACGCCUUGCUUGCCGUUUCAGCAGUCCAUCUCUCGUGCUUGUAUCCCGCGUAUCGCCUUACGGGGAUCGAAUACUAUUCUCAAGCUGUAUCCGCUACUCGCGAGCAGUUGGAGAAGAAGUUGCUGAAAGGGACGGAGGAUUGGCUUAUUAUGGUGUUGGUGCUUGCUUAUCUCGUUGAGAUCUGGUUCUUCGACGACAUCCCCUCCAUCAAAAAACACCUCGAAGCAGCUUCCCACCUCCUGCAUUCCCGUCAACUCUCCUUUAAGAAACAAGAUUUAAUCCCAGAUCCCUCAUUCGAGCGGUUGAUCGCCGAAUCUAUCCUCUGCAACACAUCCGCGAUCUCGAUGCUUAUGCACGAAUCUUGCGAUGUCUCGUCUGAUGUCGUCUCAAAACAUCUAGAACUUUUUCCUGGUGAGAAAAGUAUGGAAUCUCCGUUAUUGGGCGUUAGUCCCGAGCUUUAUUUCUUGGUUGUGGAGGUUUCGAGGUUGUGUUUUCAAGAAUCAGUGGAGAUGGAAGAAGCGAAGGGGCUGGAAUCGAGGUUCUUUGAGUGGAGAGAGGGGUCUAUGGGUGACAUUGAUAGUGAGGAAAAUGAGCUGGAUACUAAUUUUAUGCUUGGGGUACGGUUGUACGUCUUAUCUAUUGAGCUACUGCUUGCGAGACUUCUGGGGAAUCGGGAGCAGAGCGAGAUUCUGGAUUUGGUUGCUGAAGCUGCUGGUGUAAUCGGGGAGAUGGGCUCAUAUAUUGAAUGUGCGCUUAAUAUGGAUUAUUACACUUGGCCGUUGCUCAUCAUUGGGGCUGCAGGAAAGGGGCAGGAAAGUUGCGAGACUGUAGUUAGGGAGAGAAUGGAGAACAUUAAGAAAAAAAGUGGGUGUGGAGGUGUAAAACUGGUCUCUAGUUUGUUAGAGAGAGUCUGGGACUUUGAUGCGAUAGAGCCGGAAGAAGAUGGGCUGGGGAUAUUGCUUCGGAUCGGAAGGGAAGAGAUAGCACAGUUAUAGCAUUGAC